AUGGCGGAGCUCGCGACGGGCGCCGUGAACACGCUGUUGGGCGUGAUCCGCAAUGAGGCGCGGCGGCUGGGCCGCGUCCAGGGCGACGUGCUGUUCAUCCAGGAGGAGAUGGAGAGCAUGCGGAGCUUCCUGGCGCACCUGGCCAGGAUCCGCCGGGAGGAGCACGACGAGCAGGUCCGCACCUGGACGAACCAGGUCCGGAUCCUUGCCAACGACUGCAACAACUGCCUCGACGUCUACCUGUACCGGCGCAACCCUGACUUCCACCGCCCCAGGAGGGGCCUCCGGCGCUACCUCUGGUGGGGGUGGGCCCUCUGGUGGCUGCGCGAGAUGGUCGCGCGCCACCACGCCGCCGGUCAGCUGCGCGAGCUCAAGGAGCGGGCGCGGGACGUCGGCGAGCGGCGGUUGAGGUACGGCGUCAAGGUCUCCGACGCCGCAACCCCGGGGCAUUCGUCCACGCCUGGGGCUGCGGGUGAUCCCCGGGCUGGUCUCACGGAGGCGGCGCCAUCAUCAUCAUACACGGUGGCUGCAGCGGAAGACGAAGACGAAGACGACGACAAAGACUUAGAAGCAGAUGGUGGCGGCGAAUUGUUGGCAUCAACGGCAGCCGACGGUGGCAUCAUCACCAAGAAUGCCAAGGUGAAAGACUACUUCAAAGACAAGCUUCUCGGCUGGAUUCAAAGCCUCGGCAAAGCCCGUGUCCUCGUAGAAGAAGAGAGCAUCAAGGCCAGCGAGACACCGUCACAGCCAAUGUCGAUACCCUCCAUCUUCUUCGAGCUGCCGGUGGCCGACGUCGGGGACGAGGUUCAAGUUCCUGAGGAUGUGAUCGCAUGUGAGGGCCGGUGCCGCUUCAGCAGGAGCAUCUUGGUUGACAUCCCGGAAGUGCAUCCGGAGGAUUACUUACACGUGCCGCUGCGACCCAAGGACAUCCUCUUUUACAUCCUGCAAGCACUCACGGGCCAGCCAAUACAACAACCAAGCUGGCUGCAAAAGUUGCAUGUUUACAUCAAAAAGAAGGAGUUGCUUCGUGAGAUCAAGGAGUACUUCGAUCAGAAACUGAAGGUUGCUGAGAAGAUGGAAGGGAUCAUCAGGAGGAUUGGCAACCAGCUGCCGCAGGACAAGGAGAUAAUGAAGGACAAGAAGCAGUUGGAGGAUAGUAUCAAGAGCAAGAUCCUGGAUCUAGAUGACCUCCUUUGGCUGCUCAUCACCUUUACUGAGGCUGUGGAUGUGGCUGAACAACAAGACCAAGCAUGGAAAAAGGUAAACAUACGGACAUUAGCAAUGCAUUACGACAACGUCAUCCAGCAAGCACUCGGCAAGCUUAAAUCGUUGGUAGAAGCAGGAACAGACUCACAGUUCCCUUUGGACUGUGAAGAUUACAAACGCAUCCUGGAGGAAGUGUUCCCGAGGACCCCUACAGGUCCUGGUAUCAGUAGUAGUACCAGUACAUCAGUAGAGGCUGAAAUCAAAGAAAUGAUCUGCAAGGUUAAAGAUAUGAUACAGGAGCUGCAGGAACACAGCAAUCGAGAGACAGCUGAUCAAAUUCAGAAAUCCACUUUUCAACAGGCCGCAAGGAAGAAGAUAGAUGAAAUCAAGUUGAAGAUCAGAGAGCAGCUGAAGAUCAAAAAGAUCAUGGACAGGAUUCAAAGUCAGCUGAAAACUGACGACAGGAUCAUGAUCAUCCUCAAGACCCAUCACAAGUAUGGAUGGGAGGCGAUCAAAAACACUUUGAGCCUGCUGGGGUCAUCGGGGCGCUUUGUCGGUGCUGCAAUACUCAUGACCACCACAACCACAAAGGGUGCUCGACAGGCCCAAGAAUAUAAUCUCCACUUUCCACAGGUGGAGCUUAUAGAAUUGUCUCUUGUUGGCUGCUACCUUGACAUUGUGCGCCAGCAUACAGGCAAACAUAUGCAUCGAGGCCACUUCGAGAUUGUUCGCAACAUCUUGGAAAAGUGUGGACCAAAUGAAUUCUGCAUGAAUAUCUUCGUUCAGGCUAUGAAAGCUAAUCCCAGAAGGAGCACUGAAGAGCUGCGUAGGUUGCACAGCAUCUUACAGGCAACGCCGCCAGAACGACUACCCAGCAGUAUUGCCAGGAAGAUGCUCAAGUUCUCCUACAAUGAUCUAUCUAAGCAGCACAAAUCCUGCUUGUUGUACCUCGCUAUCUUCAAUCCAGCGGAGUCAGGAUACAAGAUCAGGCGGUCAACCUUGGUAGGACGAUGGGUUGCAGAAGGGCUGAUAACCACAGAAGAUUGGAGCUGGUUCAGUUCAGUGACUGAAGCCGAUAAAUGUUUUGAUGCGCUCGCCAACCGGCAGUUUGUCCAUCCUGUGGACAUUGGUGCUACUGGAAGGAUCAAGAGCUGCACGGUGCAUCCUAUUGUGCAUAGAUUCAUCACCAAAAUCGCCAAGAAGCAGCACAUCGUGGAGGCACGCUUGUCAAUCCACUUGGCUCGCCACUUCUCAAUUUUUAACGACGUCCGUCUCCGCGGGUCCGAGGAUAUCGGGAUAUUCUUGAACAAAAACAUGCAUGAUUUGCCACAAUUCUCCAAGCUCAAGGUGCUAGAUCUAGAAGGUUGUCAUUAUUUCGCCAACAAGGAGUACCUCAGGGACAUAUGCAGUAAGAUACUGAUGCUCAAGUAUCUAAGCCUAAGGAACACGGAUGUUAACCAACUGCCCCGUGAAAUCAACAACCUUCACGAGCUGGAGGUGUUGGAUAUCCGGCAGACUGAGAUUCGUGCAUCGGCAACAAGACAUGUCCUGCUCCUAAAGCUGAAGCGUCUGUUGGCUGGCGACAUUACCGAUCCACUUCCAUGCAGUACUGACACUGGCACGGCCAAGCACUGCUGCAGUGUUGACAUUCCUUCGUUCAUUGAGAAAAUGGUAGAUUUGGAGGUGAUGUCUAAUGUCAAGCCACGGAGGGAUCGUGAUUUGAAAGACAUUGGAGGUCUAUCUCAGCUGAGGAAGCUCGGUGUGGUUAUCAACAAGGAGCGUCACCUCCAGAGUUUGCUCGGCACAAUUAGUGACCUCUCCAUCUGCCUUCUUCGGUCUCUAUCCAUUACUCUUAACAUACCAACAUACAGCACAGAUCUAAAGGAUCUGAAAAACCCUCCAAAUUCUCUUGAGAGUCUGACUAUCAAAGGAAGAACACAAAAGGAGAAGCUUCUUAAAUUUUUGGUUCCGGCUCCAGAGGAUAGUAACCUUGCCAAGGUAACUCUAAGUGGUGCGCUCGACAAGGACGAUCUGAAGGUCGUCGCGAAGCUUAAAAAUUUAGGCUGUGUCAGGCUUCGGCACGCCACAUAUGCCGAUAGUGAACUCACCUUUGGCAACGAUGAGUUCCCAAAGCUCAAGGUUCUUAUUGUCGAAAACUCCGGAAUCACCAAGAUCAGCUUCGCUCACGAAUUUCCUGUGCUUGAGAAGAUCGUCUGGUCAUUCAACCAAGACUUUUGCACUCGUGACAAAGAGUAUUUGCCCCUGUCCGGCAUUGACAAGCUUCAGGGAUUGAAGGAGCUCGUGUUAAUUGGUGACGUUAUUGCCCCUGAGGUGGAUGAAGCCUUCAAGAAGUAUAGCAAUGAAAACAAAUUUGUCUAUAAGCACAAGGAACCAGAAAAUCAAGAUCUGGCACUCGGAAAUGGUGCACGGAAAAGGCGCCAUGGUGUUGCAAGGUACCCAUCCAUUUGGCAGGUGGUAAAGGGUCAGCAUGGGAAGAACUGAUUCACUGACUGCCUCCGCUCCCUCCCGUUAUUCGGUACAUGUGACUAUGUGGUUGAGUAGAAUGGUUGUGUGUGUAUAUGUGUACUAGUGGAUCUGGAUUUGUGUGGCUUUCUUGUGAAAUCUCAUCAUCAUGCUGCAUGCAUAUGGUUUCAUGUAAUAAGUAUGAUGCUUGUGUGCUCAUUUCACUUGUUAAUAUACUGUUUUGUCGUA